AUGGUGUCCAAUGUCUACCGUCCGUUUUGCGGGGUGAUUCUGCUGCCCGACCCCUAUUGGGAUGGUCCGGAUACUCCACAGUGCAGCGCCCGCCCUUGGUACGCACAGGUUCGGGGUAUCUACUCGACCAAUCCUGCCGUUGAUCAUAUCAAAACUACUGGGGUAGGGGUAGUGCGCGGUCGGAAAACCCUCCAUGCACCACUGGACAGCAAUCGAGUCUACGGCGAUGUAGCGUUUGACGCCCUAGAUGAAUGGAGGCUUUGCGAACAAUCGGAUAGCCAAUGGUGUUUUGGAUUUCACGAGUCGUGCUGGAAAUUGCUCAUUUUGAGGCUCAACCAUGGGCGAGUCGGAUCGCUAUCACAAAAUGACGCCGCAAUUGCCGAAAUGGUAUUCUACCAACUCUACUGCACUCCGUGCCUCGAAGCCUCCAUCUUCCACUUCGGCCAUGACUAUGCGGGCGCUGCGCAAACACAUAAAGUGUUCGGGCGGAUACAGCCGGUGGAUCUGAACUCCCAUCUUUAUGCUGACCCCUGUGCCAUCUCGGUUAUAAAUUAUCCGACUGAUUUCAGUUCUGCUUCUGAAGAAUUGGGGAGCAGUCCCGGGCGAAACUUGUCGCAUGGUAACUCAAGAGUAGGAAGCCUUGCAAAGGCGGGGGAGAGGAGGUACCAUGCUUUUAGCAACCUCUCAAUUGAGCUGCUGCUUGAGAUCUUUUCCUAUAUACCCUUUGAACAGCAUCUCACUUUGAGACUCGUAUGCCACGAUCUAGCGGUACUCGCAGAUAUGUCUAUGCUCUCACGGUCGUAUUGGCGGAGUAGGUUCCUUCUCGGCCAGGAGGUUGACUUUGUUUUCCCUUGUCUUUCAAAAUCACAAAAUUGGUUCAGACUUUUCUUCGCCACGAGGGCAUCUUUAAAAGCUGCCACGCUACCACUGGUCAAUCGAAAGAGAAUCCGGGACCUACUGGAGCCUAUCGCGUCUCUUGUGGACCUAGACUUCUUUUUUCGACGCGGCCCCGGCGGACUGGCCUAUUGUCCAUCGCUAAUGCGAGGGAACAACUUCACCCUGGUUGAUAUAGAAAGGUUCCAAGAGGGCCCACGGCUAGCGAAGGUUGUGGACUACUUCUCAGGUCAGCUGGCAUACAUUGAUGAAAAUUGCCCCCUGCAAGAGGGAUGUCGUGUGCUCUAUCGAAAGGCACAGCCCUUCAUGGUCCCGCAGGAAGAGCAUAGAAGGCGAAUUGGUAUAUCAACUGUCAAGAUCGGGGCACGCCGGUUUAUCUCUGGUAUCAAUAUAUUGCCGUCGGACGAAGGCAACUGCGUUGGUCGAUUGAUUGGUUAUCGCAAUACCGCUGCCGAAACGUGUAUAGACGUGCCCACAAACCACUUCAUCAAGCUUUUUCGCGUGGCAUUUUGCUUGGAAGGCUUAGUGGGAAUCCAGUUACAAUACGAUAACUCUGCUUCAUCACGCUGGAUUGGUGAUAGCAACGGCCCAGGCAUUGCUCAAGGAACACUGCAGAUUCCGACAAGAGCAGAUCAGUACCACUUGCUUGCGGACAUAGACCGGUUCAAGAUUGUUUCACUUGGCCUUGCUGAAUGGAUUGACGACCAUCAAAGCUCUUCGCAUCGGACUCGUUCGGACGUAAAGGAGCCGUUCCACACGCCUUCCCAACUGUGGGUUCCCCAUGCCCCCAUGCAUGAAGGCUUGCUUGUCAGCCCCCUUCUACCGUCUGAGACACCCCGUGCCUUUGAACCGCUGUCAAAUAUUGACUUCGGUGGCCCAGGAGGUAGACGUCUCAUGUCGUUAAUCCGACUAGACUUUCACAUGACAUCCUACCCGCACCCUCUUAUCGGCAUUGGUUAUCACUACGCCGACGGAAAGUCGGUGUUCUUUGGUUCUACGGGUGGUUGUGCCAUUUCGAUUCCCAUCAAUGGCCCAAGUGAUAAUCGUGAUUUCUAUCAAUCUGAAGGCCUUGGUGGGCUACAGGUGUCAACUAACUAUGAGCGGUCUAUCAUACUGGCUCCCCUUCGCUAUAGGCUCGAAGCAUCUGUUACACCAAUACCAAGCUUGCCGCCUGGCCAUUUCAUCACAGGGCUUGUUGCCCAUCAGAAGACAUACGGAACCCAUUUUAUCCGAGUCGGUAUCCAGUCACAAUUCUGUGACGAACCAUCCACAAUUCCACACAUCGUAGACCGAGAAUGUCAUCUGGUGCCGGAUCAUAAAAUUCGUUACGAUGAGAAAUUCUCUCAUUUCAUUAACGGCAGCAAUUCAGGUAACUAUCAAAAUUAUGCAUCACUAAAGGGAAUCCGGAAGAUUCAGGCAUCCGCUGGCAUAUCGGGUUGGUCUCGCCCCCAAAGUGGCAUCUCCGGCCUGAAGCUUGAGUAUUACAACCAUCCCAGUCCAGCCAUUGUUGGACAGUGGAUGAACGAAGUUGAAGAUGGAUUUGAUAUAUCACCCGACGAAGAAAUCCAAUCAGUCACCGUGUGGAUCGCUCCUCUGGGCUAUUCUUCCGAGUCUCCGGGGUUGGCAGUGGGUCAAGUCGCAGCCAUACGCUUCGAAACAACAUGUGCGCGCAGUGUGACUUUCCGUUCCCCGUACUCUCAUACCUUUCCCACUGGAAUGAUACGAAAUGAAUAUCAACGUUGCUUCGAUGAGGAAUUAACAGCCAUCUCAUGGAUCUUCAACGAGGCUUCGGACCGCGUCCGAGCAGUGAAUUCUCCCCACAGAAACUGGAGGCCUCGACUACUUGUCCCAGAAGUCUCUCCUCCUUUUGACCUGGUGCGGAAGCUCUACUUCGAGACGUGGAAUGACAAUACCUGCCCCGAAAAGGUAGUCACCAUCGAAGCCUACUUUCGAGGCCGCGCAAUCAUUGGACUGCUCUUCGUCUAUAGAUCAGGUGUCAUGGCAAGCACGGGCGAUUUAGACACCGACUCUCGCCAGGCCGUUCAUAUUGCGCGGGAUGAUAAUAUAGUCGGCAUGUCAGCUACAGUCGCAGGAUCGGAGCUGGUUGAGAUUGACUUCGAGGUCGAGCACAACGCAUCGCCCAAAAGCCAGAGGCUUAGUCUCGCCCUCGAACCACCGUAUACCCCGGAAACAGCUGUGGAUUAUGAAUGGCGAGAUGUAUGGUGUAAGGAUAGGGCAGCUGCAGAGUGCACUACCCUGCAGCGCGGGAGCGACAAGGUAUAUGCGGCCCCGAGCAACUCGAGACUUAUGGGAAUCUACAUUGGGUGUCAAAGAUUCAGCAACGUGGGAGCAAUAUACGAGCCAGAUAUUUCUCAUUGA